AUGGCAAGGAGCAUCCCGGAGCGCUGGCAGCCCGGCUAUGUCUUCAGCCUCGGUGCACAGCCCGAUGAUGGCCGGCUGCUGGCGGCAUGCUGCAGCGACGGCAGCGUGCGCACAUGGGUGCGCGAGGGCGGCGGCCUGACGCCUCUGACCGGCCUGCGACUGCACAACGCGAUGGGCUCCGCAGCGGUCUGGCACGCCGACGGAUGCCGGAUCGCCGCCACCUUCAUUGACGGCAGCAUAUCCGUCCUGGAUGUGCGGACGUGGGAGGUGGUAUGGAGGGGCGAUGCAGGGUGCCCAGUGUUUGGCUGCUGCUUCCUGCCGUCUGCGCCGGACGUCCUGGCGGUGUGCUGCCCAGAGGAUCACAUCCGCCUGUUUGACACAUCGGCCGCAGAGCCCACACCGGCCAUCGAGCGCGCUGGCGUGGGCAGCCUGUGGGGUGCGGCCGCCAAGCCGCGCCAGCUGCUGUGCAUUGCAGCCUCAGCAGACGGCCGUGCGCUAGCCACCUCGGGUGAGGCAUUCAUCAAUGCCAAAGCCGAGGAAGUCCCAAGAGGGGAUGCAGAUGGGGUGGACGAUGGCCUAUUUGAUGGGGGCGACCUCUUCACCAGUAGGGGCACGACUGCCAGCAAUUCCCACUGCCAGCAAGUGAAGAAGCAGGGCAAACUGUCCCCCAUCCAUAUCUGGCAGACAAUGGGAUCAUGA